CGUUUGCGUGUGGUUGUCGAGCUCCUGGAUGGAGUUCGUGAACGUCUUCGUCUUUUUCAGGGAGCAGACACCUUGUACUGGGUUUCUGCAAUUCAGUUGAAUCGAAUCGAAUCGAAUCAAAUCGAAUCGAAUCGAAUGGAAAAGAAGAGAAUCGAAUUUGGUAUGCAUCAAAACCGAGGGACAAGCAAACACCUGUUGCUUCUACGAGUACCUCCGUCUGCUUGGAUUCGUGKGUAGGCCUCGAGUAUCUGUCGCUUUCGUUUCGCUUUCGCCCUUGAUCCGGUGCCGGCCUGGGCGGUUACCUUGCGCGCCACCGGGGUGCUUCCGGUCCGAUCAGCGCGGUCCGAUCGUCCGGGAGGUGCCGGUGGUCCUUCCUCGUCCAGCUCUGGUGCAUCGCCGUGGCUGCCCGGUGGUUCCUCCACGCCCGCCGGAGGUCCUCCCCCAGCUGCUUGGAGAGGGGAUAGUGCCGGAUCCUUGUUUCGUGGUCGUCUCGAUCGUAGGGGGACGGGAAGGAACCCCUUGGUUUCUUUUUGUGACCCGGGGAGAGAGGCCUCCCGCUGUGCCAGUUCCGCAGACAGAUCGUGGGUUCCGCCAUUGUGGCCUAGUAGAUUUGCUUGGUGGGUUGUGUGUGCGCGAGUGUAAGAUAUGCAACGAUGGCUAGGAAGACUAUCGGAAUGGAAGCAUGCAAGUGUGUGAGGUUUUUUGCUGCUUUUUCUUUUUGUUCGUUACUCGCAACAACCUCACGACGGCAAUCGAAUCGAAAUCGAAAGGCACGAACGUAAGGGGUAUGUACGGUAUCACUAAAUUUUGGCGGAAGGAGCCGCAAAUGAUCCACGAAUCGAUGCGUCGAUGCAAUUGUUCCGUGUGGUUACUCUAACUCUUUCUUUUCGUUCGUUGCGUGACACCACACAGAGCGCUCCUUAGCACGCCGUACCACCGAGCAUGCGACAACGAGCACAUCCUACGCGUACAGUGCUCCCUUUCGGGAAAUUCUAUUGGAACGAACAAAAAAUGAAGUGAGAGCGAAAAACGGCGGAUGGUCAAAGGAGUGAACGGAAACAACAUCACCAGAAGAAUGUUUCAUGGCGCCCUUGCACAUGGUGGGGCACGAUCCUUAAAAACAGACGUUUGAUGGAUUGAUUGAUUCGUGCCUUAGUGUAGUAUCUAUACUACCUAUAGAAAGUAGGAACUGUACCGUUGGAACACAUGCGAGGAAAAAAAGGCCUUUUUACUUUUUCUGGUACCAGGUACUGUACCUAGUACGAGUACGUACAAUAGUACCGUUUCUUACGCCAGGGGUCAUACUGUACGGUGAUGUGAUGGUGUUUCCGAUGCAAUGCUUCUUGUGAAGCAGCCACGAAUUGUCCGGAUCCCCCCACUCCACACACUAUUACGAAGCACUACUCGUACUCCACAACCGGACAAGCAAAUACAGUACCAAAUACUGUACUUCUGCCAGGCAACAGCGCAUAUCCUAAGCACGUUUGUCCCACCAUGGUUCCGAAACCCCACAGCUGCGACGGCCACUCGCACGACCACGAGCACAGCGACAACGACCUGGGCCUGUCCCUCCGGCCCCAGAUCGACUUCGAUGGGGUGAAAUGCCUGAACGAGGAGCUCCCCAACAUGGGCCGGGACGUCCUCAAGCUGCACGAGGAGCGCCUCACGUCGGACCCUUUUCUAAGGUCCCAGGACGACGAUCCGGAGCUCCUCCUGUACAUUCCCUUUACCGAGGCGGUCACCAUCACACACCUGUCGGUCCGGAGCGAGCCCCGGGUGAUGGAGGAUUUCCCGUCGGCGGCCCCGCGGACCGUACGGGUCUUUUCGGACCGGGACGACAUCGACUUUGACACGGCCCGGGAGCUUGCCCCCCAGUGCACGGUUGACCUUGUUCCCCCGGACCACUUUGUGGAGGGGACCGUCGACUACCCGCUGCGCCCGGCCGGACGCUUCCAGAACGUUUCCAGCAUCACGCUCUUUUUCGAGGACAACUUUGCCUCGCUCAGGCUGGACGACGAGGACGAGGUGGCGACGAUUGUCACCUACGUCGGGGUCAAAGGCAAGGGCAGCAGGCAGAAACGCAUGGCGGUCGACGCGGUCUACGAAACCCGGGGGAUGAAGAAGGACCACCAGGUGCCGGGUGCGGAAUUUGGAGCGCAAAACGAGAUUGGAUAGCGGAUUCCGAUUCUGCUGCUAUUGCGGCAGCAACCGGACCUUGCUGCGAACAAAGAACACGAUACCGUGGCUUCCGCGUGCCAGCGGAGCGGAACAAAAUGGAAACGUGCGGCUCGGUUGGAUCACGGGAACACUAGUGGUUGUAUUGGUUUGCUGUUGCUUGCUGUGGUAUUAUGGCACGGAACCGGUGCAAACUUGGUAGUCCGCUCGAAGUCAAAUCCGGUACUACUGCUGGAUGGUUGCCCUCGUUGAUUUUGGGAUCUCAGUUUGCUGGUGGGCGUGUAGAAUGCUACCGAGCGGGUAGCAGAGGAGUAAACGGAACCGAGGCAAUGCUGGUUGUGAUCGAUGCUAAGAAUUUUACACAACACGCCGUGCGAACGUAUUGCACGAAAAACUAUAAUAUAUAUUGUAGAAUGUUGUGGUCGAACAAUUGUUCCCGAACUUUCGGUGACAUAGGCGCUUUGAACAUGACCAUUCAUAACCGAGAAAUAGUCAUCUCGGUUCGCAACUGAUCUUGUCAAUUCAAAAGUCUGGGUUAAAAAGUUUUCGUUUCGUCGAAUAGAGUAUAUGAAGUUCG